AGACACUGUUACUGGUACUGAGUUUUACCUUUACUUUACUUCUCGUUACGCUCCGGCUUAGGCUGCUGUGGAGGGCCCGGACCCCGUGACAGCCACCACCGCACUACACUUCAGAACUCAGACCCACUAAGAGAGAGAUACGGACAGUCAGACACUUUACCAACAACCGAGUCCGCGGACGGACGUUUUGUUGCUUUACGCUACUUGCUCGAUACUUAAUAAAAUACAUUUUUAACUGUGAAACUUAUGUGAUUAUUAAUUAAUAAUAAUAUGAGUUAUUAAUUUUAUCUAAACUGUUAAUUAGUGCUUUUUUUUUUUUAUGUUUGAGUUUUAAUUUUGUGGUAGUUUUUUUUAUUUUUCUGAGGACUAAUUUAAUUAAAGGGGCAAACAGUGACUGUGACUAAUUUAUUGAACAGGUUUCCUCGAUUUUUACUCUAGUAUUUUAUUAAGGACAUCGGUAUUGAUUGUGUCAAAGUGCAGUAACAGUAGAUUGUAAGUUGGAGAGUUAAUUUAUUUAGAUAAAUUAUAUUUGCAAUUAUAAUUAAUAAAGUGAGCGAGUAAAGAUGAAAAUGAGAGCAGCGGUACUAGCCGCUUGCCUCAUGGGCAUUGCCCUAGCCGGUAGUCCUAGAUUACCACGGACCUCCGCUGAUCAAAGGAGCACCAGGAAUGCUAAUAUUAAUCAUAAUGUUACCAAUGUUUUACCUGCGUCUAUGAGAGGAUCUUCACGUAGCCGCGAGCAGUACCUCUUCAACGUGUUUGAAGUGAUAGUAUCAACCCUCGAGUCUAAAUUACAGCGGAUCGAAAACCUGGACAAGGCCGUCGAGCACUUGAUGCGGCGGGUUGAAGCACUGGAUUCACGAGUUAACGAUAACAUUGACAAGACAGACGCGGUAAUUACUAAGCUGAGAACCUUGGAUCUGAAGCUCUUCCAUUCACAACCUACACUUCCGCCGGAAAUCAUGAGACAAAGUGAAGGAAUGUCUGAGAGAGCUGAUGGCCAUCAAGAAGAGUCUGGUAUAUUUCCGGUGAUCCGGUUAAUUCAUCACGACAACCCGUCGCCUGAGUAUCUAGGGGAAAAAUUGCUGUCCUUGGACCAGAAAGUCUCAGACAUUGACGACAAAUUGGUGAAUCUGAAGAACCAACUGGACACCAACUUCCUGCCAAGCGACGACAUAAAUGCAGAAGCCAGUGAGAAAAAACCGAUCAGUAUGAACGUUAUAGAGAUCACGAAGGCUAUGAGCAAUGAAGUAAUGAACCACGUGACCAUUGAAAUUGAAAAUCUGAGACAAGCUACCGGUAAUAUGGACAGAAAGUUGCAAUUCCACAUGAAUUUGGUGUCAGAUACUUUGGGCUCUGUUUACACCAUGACCAAAGAUAUCCACGAGGCGCUUAUUGAUAAGGCGCAACAACAUUCUGCGACUGAUGUUAAUCGCACGACGGCUAGUCAACAGAGUUAUGUCGCGAAACGCAGCAAAAUUGAUAGGCUGGUUGAGAAAAUUUACCCGGUGAUCAAUUUCUCGGAUAAGAUGAACGAAAUUUGGGGCGUUGUUGUAAGUUAUUUGAUUUAUAAGUUGGUGGGCACUAAGACAGCAGUAGACAAUUUAUUACCCAAGUCAGAUGAAAUAUUAGUUCAAAAUCAACGUCAAGACCGAGUAAUAAGUACAAUUCACUCUGAUUUACGGACAAAAACAAAUGAAAUAAUUGAUAACCUCCAGGGCGUUGAAAGUAGAUUAAAGAAACAAGAAAAUGACAUUGCAACAUUUGCACAGCGCCCGAUUCCAGCGGAGCUUUUACUAGACCCGACAAUUGACCGUCUGGUUGAAUACGAUCCCAACAGAUACAUCGCACUGCACGAUGAGUUUGCGUCAGAAGCUUUGCCGUCAACGACCACGACACCUUUCCCCACAUCAUCAUCAUUGCAAGCCCCGUCAUCCUCUUCGUCAUCGCCCUUAUCGUCAUCAUCAUCGGCUUCACUUGUACCUUCGUCAUCCCAGAGAUCAACAACACGCAACCGAGGAGUUAUAUUCCCGAGUGUUAAGAACAAACCCAGUCCGGCUAAUUCAACCUUCACUACUGACAAUGUUGUCGUCAACUACAAGGACAUCAAGGGGUACUCGUGUGUCGAUUUACUCAACGCUGGAAUGAGAGAAAGCGGCGUUUACUAUUUGCAAAUACGCGGAACGACAUAUUGGUUCUUAAAAGUUUAUUGCGAACAAGAAAUUGCUGAUGGGGGUUGGACUGUAAAGAACUUCAAUCGUGACUGGGCGGAUUACAAAAACGGAUUCGGCGAUCCUGCACGCGAAUUCUGGCUUGGUAAUGAGAAUAUUUAUAUGCUGACCAAUAAUGAGGAUUAUUCAUUGCGGGUCGAACUUGAAGACUUUGAAGGCAAUAAAAGCGAAUACUACAAAUUAGAGAUUGAUGGCUAUGAAGGUAACGCAGGUGACUCAUUAAAUGAUCCAUGGUACGGCUCUAACAAUAGUCCAUUCUCUACAUACAAUCGAGAUAAUGAUAGAUCAUCACUGAAUUGCGCUUCGAUGCUCAAAGGCGGCUGGUGGUGGAAGUCGUGCGGCAGAGGAUUAAACGGACUUUAUUUGAACGAUCCGCAAGAUCUUACAGCAAGACAAGGUUGCUAUUUAUUAAAAAAUGUUGGUCAUUGUUACAGGUAUUGUUUGGUUCCGUUGGAGAGGUUGGGACUACACAUUAAAGAAAGCAACAAUGAUGAUAAAACCCAAGGGU